AGAUACGUUGCUUGUCAGUUUGCUUUGGUUAAAUGAAAGACAAAUGAACAAAUAUAAAUGGUUAUAAUACAUUUGUUUAUAUCACUGUUAAUUACUUAGAUUAUCAUUGAGUAUUCUUCAUUAUGAAUUCCGCAAAAGACAGUAAUGAUGGAGUUGACACAAAGAGAAAAUGCUAUGAAAAUAUCACCCCACAUAAAAUAGCGGUGCUAAUAUUUAUAAGAGAAUAUUGUAAUUUAAUACAAACAAAUGCAGAUCAACCUUUAAGCCCAAAAUGCAGAAGAGCGUUCAAUAUGCUUAUUCUUAAAUUAAUUCAAUGUCCUGAUAUGGUGUUUAGAGAUUUCUGCUCUUUACUGACUGCUAGUAAAAACAAUUUACAUCCGGAUCACAUAAAACUCUUUCAUAAGGAAAUAAUGAAGAUUUACACAUGUAAUGUGGAAAAAUUAUUGGAUAUUAGUUUAAUGCUUGAUAAGUUAAUAGUGGAUCCUUUAAAUAGUACUGCAACAUGUAUUAUAAAUAAAAGCAGCUGUUUAGGAUUGUAUAUGCGAAGGAUUAUUCUAGCACUAGAUCGAAUGAGUUUUCACAAAGUCAUUGAACUCAAAAGAGCUUUUGAAUCUUAUAUUGAACGUAAUCAAAAUCAAUUGAAUGUGCAACAAGAUGAUAUGGACAUUGAAGAAGACUGUAAUAUUCCAAAUACUGAAGAACGAUUAAGUGAGAAGGUCUUAUGGUCUCGAAGACAAAGUGAUUUAUUUCUUGCUCAACAAUCCAACCUCAUGUUACAUAAUGAGAAAGAAGCUCUAGAUCCUAAAAUAAUUAAAACUAAAGUUGAUGAAUUUCUUUCAUAUGAUAAAGACUAUGCUGAAGCACAUUUCUUAAACUAUCUCAACUCUCUUCGAGUUCGUGAAUAUUGUGGAGCAAUGAAUAAUCUAUAUCAUUGUUUUGAUCGGGGAGCCGUUAAUGAAGACAGGAUAAGAGAGAGCCGUGGUUUUCGAUACUCUGCAUUGAAUUUAGCUAUGUUACAUGCUGAUUUUAAUCAUAGAGAAAGUACUUUAAAAGCUAUUAAAGAAUGCAUCAUGCUAGCCCAAGAAUGCAAUGAUAAUGUUUGUUUGCAGUUGGCUCUAGUAUGUCUUGCUCAACACAAUUAUCUUGACAAUAGCAAGGCCCAUGAGAAUUUACUUCAGAAAGCUGUUACCAGAUGCUUAGAUUUAUCAUUGAGCCAAACGGCUAGUCUUGCCAUGCAAAGUAGAGUACAAAGUUUGGCCUUUUCAGGAUCGAUGCCUUUUGCUCUGAUGGAGAUAAUGCGUAAAAGUGAUUUACUAAACUGUCAAAAUUCAAUGGUAGAUUUAAUGAGUAAUAGUUACUCGCAAAAGACAGCUCUGUGGCAAUUAUAUGGAAAGACUGAUAUGGCAAAUAUAUUUUCCCAACUAUUAUUACAUCUAAAUACAAGUUAUAUGACUCAAGGAAGUUAUCCUUAUAAUGGUGAAGGUGUUUGUAUUGCCAUAUGUAGGGCCGCGAGUUCUUUGCCAUAUCAUCAUGCUAACCUUGUUCUGGAGCAUGCUCGUGAUAGAUGUCGGAGGGAACCUUUAACUUCAAGCUGGAUGCAAAUGCAAUCGGUUUUAUGUUUUGAGCAUCACGUGCAUUCAGAUCAAUGGCAAGAUGCAGAUAUUAGUUCAAAUCUAUUGGUACCUUUGAAUAUGUGGGAAAGUUUAGUAAAUAAGGCUAAAUUAAAUAUAUUUUAUGUAGAUUUACCUACUGCAAAUUUUUAUAUCAACCAAAUUAUAGAUAAUUGUGAAAGCGAUAUAGAACUAAAGAACUUUGUUGAAUACAAAGUCAGAGCUUUGAGGCUCAGUGCGCAAGUGGAAUGCAAUUCUUUUUAUAUGCUUGGCGAAACUAUUGCAAAACUAAAUUGUGCACUUGUGUUAUCUUGUAGCAACUACUUAGAUUUUAAUUCUGCAAUGAUAGAAAUGAAAAUUGCAUCAAUACAGCUAGAAAUGAACUUACCAAAUCAGGCCUUAAAAAUAAUAAACAGAGUUAUACCAUGUGUGCUUGCGAACGGAUGCAAUUUUGAUAUAGCCAGAUCAUUACUGUUAUUCACCAAAUGUACUAUUGCAUCUGCUAUAAUGGAGAACACCACAUCUAAAGAUUAUACAUUACGUAAAUGUGCAAAUAUGUUAGACAAAGUGAUGUACUAUCUACAAUUAGAUAAUGCUUAUAGCAAAAUUAGAGACAUUUUAUAUCUUCAAGCAAUUUUGUAUGAUGAAAUUAAUCUUAUUAAUGAAAGUUUUAUGCUUUUGCCAGAAAAGCUUGCUACAAUAUAUCCUUUGGGAAUAUUCUGA